AUGACGGCAACCGGUAAAGGAUUCAUCUUUCCUGGAACUUCGAAGGAAUGCGAAGGAGGUGGAAAGAAAUGCGGACAGUAUCUGUCUGGGAGUUCCUUUUCCUCUGAUUCUGGUGUCGACGACUUGUCGGGGUCGACACCCGAGCCUCAGCCUCGUCCUUCGUACAUCUCCCCUUUGGACGCGGGAUUCCGGCGAGGAAUAGCCAUCGGUCACAAAUCCUUCCUCCAUUCUUACUAUACCGGUGAUUCCGCGGAGAUCGCCCGUGUGAAGGCUGGCCUUAAAGAGACCGGGAUGAGAAGGAAAGAAGAAAGAGAAGAGGAAGAAGGAAUCAGCCAUCCGGAUCCUGGCGGCGGUCAAUUUCCACGGGCCGCGGGACACCUUGAUGGGAAGGGGAAGGGGAAAGAAUACAAGCUGAGUGUGGCCAUCACCCCUCAGACUGUGGCCGCGCUCGCCUCCAAAUUCAACGCCAUGAUCAAGGAACAAGAGACCCGUUCGGGAUCUCCAUCUCGGCUGGAACUUCGACUCGUCCGGUUCCAGAAGAGACGAAAAAACAAGACUGCAGUGGACCAAGUGAAACGAUCUCGAUCCGUCCAAGACUUCCUCCAUGGGGAUCACGUGCCCAGGACUUCUUUAUCGAAGUCUCAACCUGACCUCACGCAAAAUUCUCCUCCUCCUCCUCCUCCACCGAGUCCAGGUAGGAAGUUUUGGGAAUCCAAGUCGAAAAUAUACGAAAACGUGCGCGGAAUGGUGAAGAAUGCCAUGAAGACAUUUGAAUCCAGCAAAACCGUGAAGAAGGAAACUUUUCUGAACGGUUGGAAGCAUACAACGGACGUGCACAAGUUUUCACCCGCGUCCCCUUCGAAAGAAGAGGAGAACUCGAGAGUCAUCGAAGGGAGGAGUGAAAAGGACAACCCCAUUCCGAAUCCCUCCUUCCUUUGGGAUAGUGUGAGUGUGAAGAAGAGCCUGGAGUUGGGUAAUCCCAUCCCUCCACCGAGGAAAACGAAGGCUUUCCUGUGGAAGCGAUUCCAUUCCCAGCCCUCAGUGUCUCCGUCUCAAUUCUACGACGACUGCCACGUCGCUGACAACCCGAAGAGUGAUUCCUCCUCCUCGCAGUACGAUGACAUCAAGACGGAAUCUUCAUCCUACAGGUACGAGGACAUAAAAAGUGAAGGCUACGAGGAUGUGAAAGGGGAGUCGGGUUACUUGGAUGCCAAGUGGAUGAGAAGUUCCCCUCACGGAUACUUGAAGGUGUUGGGGGAUGGGUCAUCGGAAGAGACCUACAAGGGAUCUUCCAGUGCCACUAGUACGUGGACUCCAAAAUACGACACCGGAGAUUCUCGAACUCCGAACUAUGAGAGCUUCGGGGAGAAUGAGACAGAGAGUGAAGUCGUGGAAUGUCGGAAUCCAUUGGUGUUGCCAGCCCGGGAUGGCUUGGUCCUCGCCCGAUUGGCCGUCGUCACGGAUCAAGAAGAAAGCCUUUCCUAUGUCUACGAUCACCAUGCAGGUCCUGAUGGGGGGUCCGAAUCGGGGGAACGCGGCCCGAGUGACGCCGGAAGCGAGGAAUGGCUGGACGUGACGGACAGUGACGAGGAAUCCUCUAAUACCCCCGCCGUCGUUCUUACUGGAGCAAAACCGACCGGUUCGAUCUUGAUAGAUGACAUGCAGAUGGACAGAUGGGGAUGUUGCUCACAGUCGGCGGAUCUCUUGAGCGAACGGGAACGGGGAGACGUCAUGAAUGUUGUCACAUCCCCUUCCCCAAAUUUGUUCACGCCGCUUGUCGGGAUCGGAUGA